AUGAAGUUGGUAUAUCCAUUUAUCGUUGGAAUUGUAUCUAGUAGCAUUGUUGGAGUUGAUCCAGCUGAUCUGGCAUUAUACGAGCCACUAAUUGAAAAUGGAAAGAAAGUUUGGAAAUGUCUCUCUGAUCCAUCGAUCGUUUUAGACUAUGAGCAGAUCAAUAAUAACUAUUGUGAUUGCCCUGAUGGUUCUGAUGAACCCGGUACCAAUGCUUGCGCAAAAAACCGGAAGCAGUUUUAUUGUGCCAAUGUGGGACAUUUUCCCGGCUACAUCGAACACUUCAAAUUGAAUGAUGGGGUAUGUGAUUACGAUGUUUGCUGUGACGGUUCAGAUGAGUGGUUAUUUAAGGAUGGUAAGCAGUGUCCAAAUAAAUGCUUGGAGAUUAACAACCAGUACCGGAAAUAUAAAGAAGGAGCCAUAAAGCAAUUGGAAAACUCAUUGGCAAUAAAGAAGAAAUUGGAACUGGAAUCAUUGAACAUGAGGAAAGAACUCCAAGAGGGCUCGCAGAUAAUUGCUCAGGAGAUAGAAGCCGAGGAGAUUAGGUUGAGUGGAUUACGCCAAAGGCUAGAAGAUCACGGAGAUAAUGUUGAUGGAGAUGAUGAGGAAAAUGAGGAUUCAGUCGAAGAAGGAGGGGCCUUAUUAUAUAACGUUCUUGAACCUGUCAUCUCAAAGCUCUCUACCGCAAUUGACCAUGAUAGAAAUGAAUACAAGAAAGUUCAUCAAUUGGAGGAUAUCUUGUUGAAGUUGAUCAACAAUUAUAACCCCAAUUUUAAUGAUGCUGCCGUAAAGGAGGCUGUGAGAACAUAUCAGGACUAUAUUUCCAACAAAGCGGACGAAAACGUUGACGAAACCUUGAACUCACAAGCCCUAUUACAAGAGGUUGUAUUCCAUACCAGGACAUUUGUGGAACCUUCGCAACAGGAACUGAAGGAUACUGUAGAAGAGACCUCAGCUUCUUAUGGUGCACCAACUUUUAGUAAUAUGGUUCACUAUUACUUUGAAUUACUUAUAUCCAAAUUUUUGAAUGCUCCUGAAGCUGAAGAAGAGGGAAAAUUUUACAAAAGAGAAGAACAGGCCCCUUUGAAGAAAUCUUCUUCCAUAGCAUAUACUUCUCUUUCUCAAGAGAUUGAAAUAUUGGAACAGGAAAUCCAAGAUAGCAAGAAGCACUUUUCUCUGAUUGAAAAAGAUUUAUCAUUAGACUAUGGACCCUCAGACAUUUUGAGAGCUGUGAGGGGUCAAUGGGUUAGUAAUAAGCUAGGAGAAUAUAACUACAAUUUUGGGUUCUUUGACACUAUAUACCAAGAUGGUAAUGGAAAUAAUGUCCACAUUGGAACUUUCAGUACUAUUGAAGAUGGUCAUGUAUUGGUUUAUAAUAGAGGUGCUAGAUGUUGGAACGGUCCACAGAGAUCUGCUAAAGUUAAAUUAGUUUGUGGCGAAGAGCCCAAGCUUUUAUCAGUUAGUGAACCAGAAAAGUGUGAAUAUCACUUUGAAUUACAAACCCCAAUUGUUUGUCAAGAACUUACAGAGGAAGAGUUGAUCAAGAACUUCAAGGUCGAUUACACACAGCUUUAA